CCAGAGAUCUCUUGGAUCACGACAGGAAGAGUCGCCGCCGUGUCUUUUAUUCCUACUCAAAGGAAAGAUAUCUCCGCUAGUCAGAGUUUGUAUCGAACUCCCGAAAACCGCGUGGCUGUCUCCAAGCGCCACACCGCGUCUCCAUUCGCCGGCCGAGCGUCGCGUCACGCGUCAGUCUCACACUACCGACGCCUCUCGUCGCACGCGUCCCGUCAGUCACUCAAUCGCGUCGCUCUUGUCAUGUCAUCUGUAGGACCUUUGAUCCUGCUUAAAGUCUUGUAGGCCUGUCAGGUCUGGUUGCCCGGAUACCGGACGGAGUCAGGACCUGUCAUGUCAUGUCACCCGUCAAAAUGACAGAUCGGUGCGCGGGGGUGUCCGCCGGUGGCCUCGUUCCGGUUUGAAAACUGUUAUGACGCUGCUUUGAACUUUUAAGUGCUGUCUCUUUGCUGCAGUGCGGUGUCGUGGUGCGUGACAUCAGAUGAUUUACUCAGUGCCUUCUUUCAUGAACUUGUUGUGCGGCUGUGAUAUCUGACCAAAAAGCUACAGACAAUAUAAAAUGACGCAUUGUUAAACAAAUAAUGUGUUUCACAAUCUAUCAUCAAAGCUUGUAAACGUAAUACAUGCAUUCACUAGGUAAAUACGUGUAAUUCUUAUAGAUAGAUUACACAGGCCGAUAAGAUUAUUACCCAGAAAGUACAGUAUACUUACCCUAAAACUUACAAAUAAGUCGCUCAGUAUCUGCAUAUGUCGUGGCCAUAUCGUAGAAUCGACCAUUUCAUGAAAUGAUCGAGCAUGUCAUGAAAUGGUACCGAUUAGUCAGAGAAAGAAUGGAACAUCUAUUGAAAAUGUAUCGAUGAAAUAAGUUAAUGACACUAGCUUUUGAGCUUUUGUCAACAUUUGAUUAUCACCUGUUUGAAACAUCAAAAUUAAUUGUAAUUUUCAAUUAACAAAAUUGACUGUUGGAAUUUGAAACUUGAGUAGAUGGAAAUUCUGCCGAGAAAGACAGGCAUGGCCCUGCCGUUGAGUUGUUCGCAACGAGUGAAGGACGAUCUGAUAGACCCUUUGACCUCGAAAGUGGCCACAAACCUGCUGGCACCUGUCAAAACGGAACGCCAGAUCCUGGAGAACUCGAUGUUGGAAGAUGACCCCAAUGGCAACUGCACGGUGUCAGCACAGGAGACGUCUGGCCCUAGAUGGGGCCCCCAGCACAAGGGGGCUCAGGAACUGGCCAAUCUGUACAGCAAGACGAAACGCACCCAAGAGUGCGUGUGCGUCGGCAUUUGUCUCACCUUGAUGGCUGUGAAUUUCGUGUUCAUCCUUCUCUACAUAAGACUGGAGCAGCUCAGCACGGUUUCUGGUAGCGGCAAUCUGCGGCAUCAUCACGGCGGAUUUCGCUUCUGGACUGGUGCAUUGGGCUGCGGACACUUGGGGCACUGUCGAGCUGCCUAUUAUAGGUUAAGUGUGGUUUUACUUGAUAAUUGA